AAAUACAUAACAAUAUCUACGACCCUGUCUAUGGAAGAAUAGUCUAGAAAUAUCAUGCAUGGUGGACCAUGAACACUUAGAUAAUGUAGUCUUCUAUUGUCAUUUUACUUUCAACUCCACUUUAACUUUUAAAGAAAGUACCUACCUUCCAGCAAUCAUCUAUUGGUUAUGUAGAGUUCGUGGAACCCAUUCCUAUGAAAUAUGUACAAUAUAAAUUAGUUAAAAACUGUAAAGUGAAUUCGAUAGACCUAGAGAAAAACAAUUCUAUAAUUUGAACUAUAAAGGAUUUAUACCACAAUUUUUUUUUUGUCUUUCAUUCAUUUUGAGUCCUAGAACAUUAAAUGUUUUAUGUAAGUACUUCAUUAAAAGGAAAAACAAUCAGCUAAGAAGUUUAAAAUCAUCUUAAAAAUAACGAUGUAACAUGAAAUUCUGCAUACCCUGAAAAGAGGGGUGCAUCGGUUUAACAAAAAUAGGCGAAAGACGUAAACAAGUAGGUGCGUUACUAGGUGCUAAUAUGUAUGAAGACUCCUAAAUGUAUGAUGACAUUGUCACACCCCAAAUAUUAUCGAGGUGCCAUAACAUAUUACAUCAUAUUCACCGAAAGUGCAGUCAUCGCUGCCCUACAUAACUACAUAACUAUUACGGAAGCAAAUUGACUUGUAGCGUGGUCUAAAUAAAAAGGUUCCGCUUCUUUAUCAUUGUCGCCUCAUGUCGAUUGUGACCGUCGCUUCUUUAUUCCAUAAAUAUUUAUCCAAUAGUGGCAAUAGCCACCUUGAUCUUUAAACAUAAAAUAUUAAUGAUGUCGUGUAAAAAAUUACACCGCUUUUAAAUUAAGGUAAAAAUUAAUUGGAUUAAAAAGGGGAUAAUUUAAAUUCCUACUGCAAGGUUGCAAAAUUGUGUCGUCAUUAAAAAAAAUCAUGUUGUCUAAGGUUAUCGUAUUACCCUUGUAUUACCGAAUACCAGCUUAGGCCUGUAGAACUGAGCAAUACGUUUGGUAAUGUUUAAAAUCCACACCACUUGAAAGCAACAACAAUAGAACCAUUAGGAGAUGUCAUCGUGCGUGCAAAAAACAAAAGCGGACUUAAAGAGAUAAAAUAGCGCACUGCACCCGAUUCUUAACAUCCUAUCUCUGCACAUUGUACCUGCAGUUACCAUCCGGCACUCUUUAGAAAUGGUCGUCUUCUAUCUCUUAUUACUACCCUGUGUCACCCUUGCGCAUUCCGGAGCAUAUUCCUCCCCACAAUAUGCCAAGAAAAUGUACCCGAAGAAUUUUGAUACCAGCGCUUUGCUGCCGAAGGACAAGCCUGCACAUUUUAAGAGCGAAUCGAUUGAUCGGUUCGACAAUAGCUUGAACGAUACUUCGCAAUAUGGCCGGGCUACGUUCCUGGAUACAGCAGGGAGUUUCCUCAGUGGUGCUGGGAGUCAGGUUAUGUCGAGCCUGGCAAAGGAUUUCAUAGCAAGGUCCACAGGGAGCAGUCAGGUACUAAGCUUGAACCUGACCAAUCUGGUGAUCCUCAUAGUUUUGAAGGCUCUAGUACUGGCUGCGGGAUUCUUUGGAGCUGGUGCUUGGAAGGAUCAUCAUUAUGGAAGGAGUUUAGAAGAUAACAAAAACGCAUCAUACAUAACUGAAGACGAAAUCCUAUUAUAUCUGAGCUAUCUAGUGGGGCAGCAGACGCAAGACUACGGCUGCCUCUACCGUCUGGCUUGCCAGAAGCCGCAACAGGCCGCCAUCUAUGCUUCAGGAGCGGAACUCAUAUUGCAGGGAACGAAACUUGUGCAGGGGAACAGUAUUGAUUUGGAACCAUACGAGAACGUAUCACACGGCAUCCAGCAGGCCACGGCGUGGGGCGAGCAGGGCAAGCCGUGCGAACAGCGAUACCAAUGUAGCUAGUUGCUUAUGAGAUUCCAUAGAAUCGUGGC